AUGGCCGGGGACUGCUGCACGGCGUCAAAUCUGCCCUUGUGGCCCCUCUACUACCAACGGCAUGACGAGGGUGGCAGCGAGGAGCCGGCCAAGGGGCUAAAACGCGGUUGGUACCCGUUUAUCGUCAACUACUGCCGCUACACGGCCGCAUCGACCCUCUCGGCCUGGUGCAUCUCCAUCUUCGUCAUCCUGCUCCGCCUGGUGUCCGUGCCAGGGGGCUGGGCCGUCGAUGUGAUUUGGCCGUUCUUCCGCAUCUCCAAGACCAGCAGCGACGAUGCUGUUGCUGCCGGCAAGGGCGAAGGAUGGGUCUUCACGAUGCGGCUGCUGCCACUCACGUAUAUCUACAUCUCGCAACGUCGCAUGCUCAUCGCCAUCGCGCCCUGCGUCAUCUUCUACAAAAGCUAUGACCAGAGCGGAGGCGAAGGCGGGCGCACGGUUCUGCACGUCUUCCCGCUGCUCUCGUACGUGUCAACAGAGAAGCAGGGCGAGAGGCGCUUCUUCCUGUCGGUGCUCUACAUCUUCUACUAUCGCACCAUCCAUACGCCGAACAUGCACAACGCCAACUCGUUCAGGGUCUAUCGCGCCAUCGUCCUCUUCCCCAUCUUUUGGCACUUCAGCGAGGACAGCUCCAGCGCCACGACCAUCUGCGGGGUGGUAUGGUUAGUCAGGAUGGACUCCCAUUCUGUAUUCACCAUCUUCCCGAUCUUCUGGUUUGUCAAAGGGAACAACACGACGACGAUCUUCUUCUUGCUGUUCUACUUGACCACGCGCCGGGGCAAACUCGAGAAACUGGUGCUCUUCCCGUUCGUGAUCUUCAGCAACAAAGACAAUCACACAACGCUGUCGGUGAUGCUGCUCUACUGGCUCCGAGUGUCGACAAACAACGGCCACAGGAGGGUGUUCACGACGCUCGUGCCGUUCUUCUUCUUCUACCGCAACCCGGAGAUCGAUAAGACCGGCUUCGGCCUGUUCUACAUCGUGUGGUUCACCAAGAACCCGGCCAGUAGCUCGGUGACGAUGUCCGUGCUCCCGUUCUUCUACUACCGCUCUCCGCAGUGGAAGCCGGUCAUCGGCUUCCUUCUGUUCUGGAUGGCCAAGCACUCGUCGGGCAUGUGGUGGGCCACAGUGUUCCCCAUCUUCUUCAUCAAGCGAGACGGCGACUCGACCCUGUGCUGGCUCUUCCCGAUCUUCUUCUACUCCGCCUCGCGCAACAAGCGCACGAUAGGCGUGCUGUUCCUGUUCUGGGUGAUCAGCAACGAGACCAAGACGCUGUCGAUGCUCCUGCCGUUCGGGUUCAUCUAUCGGACCAAGACGGAGACGAGGGCGCUCAUCCUCCAGUUCUGGUACGCCCGCGACACGGCCGGCGGCGGGUGGUCCGUCGCCGUGCUGCCGUUCUUCACCUUCGCGCGGUCGGCCAAGGGCGCCACGACGGUCUCGCUCUUCCUGCUCUUGUGGGUCCGCAGCGAGGACGACUUCUUCCUCUUCGCCUUCUUCCCCUUCGUGUGGGUGGCCGGGAGCAGCAGCACCGGCCGGUGGGCGGUGGGCGUGCUGCCCCUCUUCACCUUCACACGAUCCAGCUCGGGCGCCAAGACCUUCUCGUUCUUCCUCAUCUUCUGGUUUAGCAUCGACAACGACUUCUUCCUCUUCACCCUCUUCCCCUUCGUGUGGGUGGUCAGCAGCGGCACCGCCUUCUCCUUCUUCCUCGUACCUCUCUUCUGGCUCUACCGCAGCAAGAGGAGUAGCGACUUAUUCCUCCUCCUAUUGCCCUUCUUCCUCUUCAGCAAGGGCGCCUCCAGCCUCCACCUCUCCGUCUUCCCGCUCUUCCACGUCUCCCAAACGAGCAACAACGCCUUCUACUCGCUCCUCUACCUCUUCUGGUGGUGGCGCUACAACUCCAAGUGGAGCGUCUGCUGCAUCGACGCCUUCUGGCUCAACUAG